UAUUGAAAAAUACAAAUUGAAAAAUUGAUAUAACUGGAAAAUAUUUCUACACUUACAAUUACAACAAAAGAUUUCAUAUAUUUUUGUAAUAAAAAUCUGCAUUGUAAUAACAUAUUUUCUCGCUAUAAAGAAUUUAUAUGCCCGUUACAUUAUGGCAAGUGCAAAGAAAAACAGUAGUUGGUUGAUGUCAUCAUUUGAAUGUGAACCUAUCAAAAGAACAGCAGGAAUUAAACGUAAUAUUUCACAAGUACUAGAAACUAGCGCUUUAGAAGUAUCAAGCACUUAUGAUAUAAUACCGAAAAAAAAGAAUGCUAGUAGCCUGUUUGCAUUGCUGGAAGCUUGUGACGCACAAAGCCCUUCUGAAUUAGUAGUUAGUAGACAAAAACAGCAAGAGAUUUUAAAUUGGUUACAAUAUAAAGUAAGGAAAGGCACACCUGCCAUAUUAAUCUUAUCUGGUCCAUCUGGUUGUGGGAAAACAACAGCUCUAAGGGUUCUUGCAAAAGAAAAUGGUUUCAAUAUUACAGAAUGGAUUACACCUAUUGAUCAAAUUAUGGAUGAAAAUAACAGAGUAAUGAGACAAGGAGACAGAUUUGAAGAAUUUUUAAUCAGAGCUACUAGAUAUAGUUCAGUUUUAAGUAAUUAUUCUAGUCGUUUACUUCUUGUAAAAGAUUUUCCAAAUGUCUUUUACGAGGAGAAGGAGAGUUUCUUUUCUCUUUUGCAAAGGUACUUUGAAAUUGGAAAGGAACCUAUAGUGUUUGUAUGUACGGAAGUAGGAAAUUCAAAAUUGCUUCAAACAUUAUUUUCUCCCAAUAUAAGAGAAAAAUUUGGCAUAGAUUUAAUUAAUAUAAACUCUGUUACACAAACUGCAAUGAAAAAUGCAUUAAAAAGAAUAACUAAGAUUUUGAAUUCAACUGCUGGGCAUAUGUUACAUGUUUCACAAAAUAAAGUUGAUGAAAUAUUAUCAAAUAGCAUAGGAGACAUUAGAAAUGCUUUGUUAAAUCUUAUUUUCAUUUCAUUAAAAGUACCAGAAGAACGAGAAAAUAAAUGUAAUAUUCGAGAAGAGACUUUAGGGCUUCUUCAUGGUGUCGGGCGAGUAAUUAAUCCAAAAAGAAUUCAAACUGAAAACAACUGGAAAUUUGUACAUGAUCCUGAUGAAAUAGCAGCUUUCUUCCAGUCACAAGCAACAGUAUUUUUGAACUUUCUGCAAGAAAAUUAUUUGAAUACUAUGGGAAACAUAGAGGAAGUAGAUAUUUCUACAAAUAUUUUAAGUAUAGCAGAUGUUUUAAAUUCUGAGUGGCGAGAUCCUACCUUAAAUAAAGUUACUUUAUCUUAUUGCGUCCGAGGUUUAAUGGUAACAAACCAAAAACCUGUUUCUGGGUGGAAUCCUGUAAGAAAGCCAUCAAGUAAUAGAAUCGAUGCGCACAAAUGUCUAGCAGCUGCCGAAAUUCGAUGGUACGAUUCCAUAAUCAAUUCGAAAUCGAAAAGUAUAUUGGAACAACCCGUUACCAACAUCGAGGAGAUUAUCAUUCAAUAAAGUUCAUGGAAAUUAAGGUUGUAAUGAAGAAAGAUGUAUCGUGUAUAUUUA